GCUCCGGCAAGAGCAUAUUCAUCAGGCAAGUGAUGCUGCUUCAAGUGAUGGCCCAAGUGGGAUGUUACGUUCCAGCUCAGUCCGCCAUGUUCAAACCUGCUGACCUUAUGUUCGCCAGGAUCUAUCUGGAUGACAACAUGGAAUAUGGAGCUUCCUCUUUUGUACUGGAGUCCCACUGGCAACUACUGGCAAACCGGGAAAACCUAGGAUAUGGCCACCGAAGAAUAUCCUAACCACCAUAACCGUGUUGGUCCUGAUAGAUUAUUUUAAGCAUGAUAAAUGGCAACUGAAUAUUCAACGAUGUUUUGCGAAUUGACGUUCCAUCUGUUCCAUCC